UUGUGAGAUGCCAAAGCCCCAUCCCAACCUCGGACCGGACAGGCGUCGGCCCCCGCAACAUCCGACCCACUCCCCAUCAUGUCGUCCCCAGCUCAAGUCACGCCCAAGCCGUUCUCCGCGUCUGAGUUGGCCGCUGUCCGCGCCGAGUUCCCGUCGCUCAGUGUUCCGAACCAAACCAUUUUUAUGGACAACGCUGGCGGGGCGCAAGUGCUCAAGCGUGUGGCUGACCGUGUGUACGAGUAUUUGACCACGACGAGCGUGCAGCUCGGCGCGUCGUACGACAAGUCCGUGUCUGCACUUGCCCGUGUCGUGCAGGCUCGCGAGAGCAUUGCCACUCUGAUCAAUGCCAAACGCAGUGAGGAAGUCGUGAUGGGUGGUUCGACCACAGCGCUGAUGUUCCUCAUCAUGCAGGCAAUUUUGCCCACGAUUGUACCCGGCGAUGAGAUCAUCCUUACCAAUACCGAACACGAAGCCAACGUGGGGGCAUGGCGUCGGUUGACCAAGGCUGGCGCGAUCAUCAAGACUUGGCACGUCAACACGACGUCGCUGCUCUUGGAGUUGAGCGAUCUGUCGGCCAUUCUGGCCACGUGUUCCCGUCCAAAAUGGGUGGCUAUGACGCACGCUUCGAACAUUCUUGGCACCGUCAACCCCGUGGAUCAAGUGGCGAAGCUCGUCCAUGCCGCUGGCGCUCGGUUGUCGGUUGACGCGGUCGCGUAUGCCCCGCAUCGUCUGGUUGACGUUCAAGCGAGCGGGGCCGACAUGUAUGUGUUUUCGUUCUACAAAGUGUUUGGCCCGCACUACGCUGUUUUGUGGGGCGACUAUGACUUGCUCCUGGCGCUGCCGAGCUUAAACCACCACUUCAUUGCCGCCGACAAUUUACCAUACAAGCUCCAGCCCGGCCACGUCAACUUCGAGCUGAGUUACGGGUGCCAAGGCAUCGCUGAAUACCUUGUACACAUGGGUGGAGCAGUGUUUCGAGGACAAGGGUCGCCGCGGGAGCUCAUGCAAGUCGCAUUUGAUCGCUUUGAACAGCACGAGCACUACCUGACCGACCUCCUCCUCACUUUCCUUCGAUCGAAGGCGCCGCGCGUCCGCAUCAUCGGCCUUCCGACGCUUCAAACCGAGUCAAAAGGUGUCGUGUACAAUCGUGUGGCCACCGUGAGCUUCGUCGUGGAAGGCAAGCAGUCGCCGGAACUGGUCAGGCAAAUGGACAAGUUCAAUGUCGGCAUUCGAUUUGGCGACUUUUACGCCGUCCAGCUGAUUGACGUGCUCGGGCUGCGGGCGUACGGCGGCGUCGUGCGAGUGUCGCUAGCCCAUUACAACUCGGUCGAGGAAGUGCAAACGCUGCUGGGGCAUUUGGAAACAUUGAUCUAAGCGUUCGUCGGGUCGUUGCCCUCGAAGUCGUCCGUCAAUACAUCAUGUUGCUGCAACCACGCAACGAAUCCUGAUGAAGAUGAGCACAAUCAUGUGCGAAUUGUAUCAAGCAUGAACUAGAUGACUUCUAGUUGAAGCGUAUGAGAAUCGAUGCUUACCUCAGCCAUGGCUAACAUGGCUAAUGGGGCAAACUCAUUCCAAGCUAGCACGCCGUUCACGUAGCGGCAGCGCGUGUGCGACAACCAUGUCCCAGCGACUGUAGGUGCCUAAACGAGACGGCAUGCGGAUGGGACAGUCACCUACCGCAAGCUCUGCGUGCGAAUCAAUGCACCUGCUGUUGUGUAAUGGCCGUACUUGUCCAUGGAUGCUAGUACUUCCAUCGAACGAGCCCGGCAAUUCGUUCCUGGAGCGCAUAACUCUGUUGGGCGGAGAGUUCUUCCUAAAGUUUUCGUUGUGUGUGUCUAUAGUGCAAGGGACUCGAGACUCGUUGGAAAUGUUGAAUAUCGUUCGA